AUGGAGGAUGUCUCCUCCCCAAAAGCGCGCGCCUUUGACCGGUUGCCCCCAUCUGUAAUUGAGCACAUUCUUUAUGCCACAGAUGCCAACACCUUUGCAUCAUUGGCCCUUCUGAACCAUCAAUGGAGGCAAAUAUCAGAGUCUUCUGCACUCUAUGCACAUCACUUAUCUAAAUGCCCUUCAUUUCUUUGGUCACGCGGGGCUCUUUCCCCGCCGAGCGAGACCGACAGCUUACAUGACCUCAAACGUCAAUUUAUCGAAGAAAUCCGUCGGAAUGCCUUCGACGUAUUUCUCCGUCCUCGUAAAACCUUGGUGCGCUUGAUCUCGAGUUCUAUGAGCUCUUCCACCGCCUUUCCCCAGGGCGAAGUCUUUCGUUUUUCAUUCUCGGCCAAUGGCCACAUGGUGCUCUGUAUCAGUUCAUCUCGGAUUAUUGUGCUAGAACUGAAUGGUGACCCAGUCUCUGUUAAACAUGAGCUGCAAACCCCCCGGCGACCACUCGGUGCCACCAUCUUGGAUGAUGGGUCACUGCUUGCAGUCUUAUCUGAGUCCUACCGAGUGAAUAUCUACAGGCUCUCUAAUGGUCAAGCUAAACGGGUCCAGUCGAUCAUUGUAAAUGAUGCCCCGCGUGACUUGGCAUUUUCACCAACAGGCAGCGUACUGGCCCUAUCAUUUGAAGACAACAUUGAAGUCCAUGCAGUGGGAGAAGAAACUUUGACCACCGAGCGUCGCGCAGCACGAUGUCUGCGUGUGGAUGCGCUUUCUUUCACCCCGGAUGGAUCCAUGUUGCUUGGAUCUUCAAUGGAUCACGAGCUGGAUGGCAUUGUGGCUAUCACGGCUCCUUUCUAUACCGAAACUGGGACCGAUGCAGCACCAGAGGAAGUUGAAAUGCGAAUGUGGACAACACAAAUUCUCUUUCCUGAGACGGUUCGUGGACUCACUCAUGCUUGUCUCAUUCCAGAGCAUGAUGAAGGGGAUGAUAGCUGGAUUCUCGGAUAUGAUAUUCAAUUGGCAGCAUUCCGAGCAAUCAGAGCCAACAACGUGGAGGCAGGUGGGGUAUACUUUUCCAGUCCAUUUUUGGUGGAAGAAACAAGAGAAAUGUUGCCCGCGAUGCUUCCCACUAUUGAUAGUGCUGGUGAACUAGCAGCUUUAGGAUACCAGGACUCUGAAGUAUGGCUGUAUGCAAUCCCCAAGCGUCUUGACAUUCCUCUUACAGAUACAACUCCCGAUGGAACACCGAGAAUUAUUACCCGUAUGGGGGGUCUCCAUCAUUAUUCCAGCUCUGAAAUACCUCGUGAUAACUUGGUGCAACUGGAGAAACUAGUUCAACAAUCGAAAGCCUUGAUUCGUGGCCGCCGUGUGACUGAAAUGCAUGGUAUCACAUCAACUCGUUGGGUACAUUCGGCAUCAUCUGUAAAGCCUAGGCGCCGUCUUGUUUGUGUGGCCCCUGGUGGUGUGCGCCCUCAAUCAUUUGGCGAGGAGGAUGUUCCCGUGGACGGCGGAAGGAUCCUUCUUUUAGACUUUCAAAGAUCGACCACCGACGGCGAGGAAAUGGAGAUUGACAUCGAAGUUGGAGAAACGGAAUCAAUGAUGCUACUUGAGCCAGACUUUUCCCUAGAUACAGAAGUCGAGUUGCAAAGAAGACGCACACGAUUAGUCCGUCAUGAUACAGAUGCGACAGCCACUGGUCUCCGCCCUCGGCCAUCAACGAGAACGAUCCCGGUCCUUGACCCCCAACGGCGAAACAGCCUAGCAGUACCCCUCGUACUAAACGGGGCGAGUUCAAAUGGCGUUGUUGAUGUUCCAUAUGAUAAUCAACAACCUCGUUCUGAAGAUACACUUCAUCGGGCCGCCACAGCCGCGGCAUCAACGCGAGGGCGGUAUGAUCCACGCUAUCGCAAUACACCCAACCAUCGCUAUGUUCCUCAUGAAAGUGAUGCAGACAACUGGGUUCCGCCACCCCCACCUUAUAAGCGCGAGCCUGAUGCACCGUUGCCAAAUCACUUGCAGGAGACUCUUAUGCCGAGACUGUCUAUACCUCAACAUCAUCGCGAUCUAUCUACUCCAAACUCUUGGAAUCCAUCCAGCAACCAGGUCCAAAGGGCGCACACAGCUCGGAUUCCACGACAAAGCCUAUCAGACCGUCCACGACCCCAAUCCGCUAUCAUUCAGCGAUUAGGAACGCUUACCGGCAACAUUCGGUCGGGGAGAAGCAGAAGGGGCUCUUCAGGCGCCGCAGAGGCGAUGAACACAGAACAACAACCCACUGUUCCACCUGUUCCAGCUAUACCCCCACUGCCAGCUCAUUUGUCCGCUGCUCGUCCAAGCACAGCAGUGUCCCCAGUUAUUCCAAUCACCACAGGUCAAAUGCCGUCACUGCAACCGCUUCCAACACUAGCCGUUCAUACUGCAGAACAACUGAGGGAUCCUGACCUGCCAAUACCACCCUUGGGGGCAACGAUGCUUGGAGAGAACUAUUUCUCAUAUGCCGUGUCAUCUCCAAAUCUUCUGCACAUUCCGCAGCCCCAUGGGAAUGGGCUGGAUCUUGACGCAGAGGAUGAGGACCAGAUACCCGCAAGACAGAGGUCUUUCCGGCGAAGGGUCUCUACCGAGCCUACGAGCUUGCCGCCGCCAGAGAAUGAAGAGUGGCGGAGGCGCAUCCAGGAUUGGAACGAACACACCAUUCGAGAACGAGGUCGAAAGCGAAGAAAUAAGUGCAUGGUCAUGUAG